AUGUCUUUUUUCGUCAACCUUGUCCAAGACCUCUUUGAUGGCAACGACGAAGAAGAGCAACGCGAAGAAGAGCUUAGCCAAACUUAUCAUCGUCAUGGAUCUUUUGCUCCUGUGCGUCAUGAUGCCAAAGUAAAGUUCUUUAUUGAUGGCCAUGAUUAUUUCUGGGCUGUCUCCGAAGCUCUUGCAAAUGCUCGCCAUGUCAUUUUCAUCGAGGAUUGGUGGUUGUAUCUCCGCAGACCUCCUGCCAAGUACCCUGAGUAUCGUAUCGACGAGUUGCUCAAGCGUAAGGCCGAGGAAGGUGUCAAGAUCUUUGUAGUCGUGUACAAGGAAGUGUCACUUGCUCUUACCAUCAACAGUGAGCACACCAAGAACGUCUUGGAAGGCCUCCAUGAAAACAUUGUUGUGCAACGAUCACCUGAUUUCAGCUUGAAGGGAAGAAACGCUUUUUGGUCUCACCACGACAAGUACAUUGUGGUUGAUAACCAAAUUGCAUUCUUGGGUGGUCUUGAUCUUUGCUAUGGUCGCUGGGAUACCCAUAGCCAUCGUUUGGCUGACUUUAAUGAUGGCACUGGCAUGGAGAUUUUCCCAGGCCAAGACUACAAUGAUGCACGUGUUCGUGAUUUCGAGGAUGUGGAAAACUGGGAUAGACGCUUGAUUGACAAGACCACUACCCCAAGAAUGCCAUGGCACGAUAUUUCGCUUUGUAUGUUGGGUGGUCCGGUUCUCGAUGUGAGCCGACACUUUUGUGAGCGCUGGAACUACAUCAAGCAUGAAAAGAACAUGGAUGAUGAGCGUGUGCUCUUUUUGAAGCCUGCACUUGGUGGCUUCGGUCAUCAUCAACGUUUCUCUAUUCCUGGUGAAGAUGAUGAUCAUCCUGCCCAUAGAGCUCACCGCUUCAUGCAUGGUACACGUGACAUCCAAGGCACUUGCCGCACCCAAGUGCUUCGUAGCGUUGGUGAAUGGAGCUUGGGUGUUGAUGAAACCGAGCAUUCGAUCCAAAAUGCCUACGUCUCCUCUAUUCUCAGCGCUGAGCACUUUGUUUAUAUUGAAAACCAAUUCUUUAUCACUGCUACCGAAGAGGAUGAAGACUAUGUGCUCAAGAACCAAAUUGGCAAUGCCAUUGUCAAGCGUAUUAUCCGUGCCCAUGAGGAACGUGAGCCUUUCCGCGUGAUCGUGUUGAUGCCCCUGAUGCCUGCUUUCCCUGCAGACUUGAGCACAGACGCUGCUGCUACCGCAAGAAUGGUCAUGAGCUAUCAAUACAUGUCCAUUUGCCGAGGUGGCAAGAGUAUCAUGGAAAGAUUGCAAGAAGCCGAUAUUGAUCCUGCCGACUACAUUGGCUUUUACAGCUUGAGAAGCCAUGAUGUGAUCCGCCGUAAGGUGGUUGAAGAAGCUUUGGCUCGUGUCGAUGGCUACACUAACGACGUUGAGGAUGAAGUCGAAUACACUCGUGUUGCUGAGGAAGGUGAUGAGCAAGGUGGUCUCAAGAACAAUGACUUUGUUUCUGAAGAGCUUUAUAUCCAUGCCAAGCUAAUGAUUGUGGAUGACCGCUUGGUGAUUAUGGGCUCAGCCAACCUUAACGAUCGUUCUCAAUGUGGUGAUCGUGACUCUGAGAUUGCUUUGAUUGUUGAAGAUCAAGACAUGAUUCCUUCGCAAAUGAAUGGCCGCUAUUAUGAAGCAAGUCGAUUUGCCGCCACACUCCGUCGACAGCUUUGGAAGGAGCAUCUUGGUCUUCUUGGAGAAGAGCGUGCUCUUGAUGACGUGAAGGAGGAUAUGAUGCCUCUUCCUGUGCCCCAAAUCGAUAACACUGAAUCUGAAGAAGAUCGUCUUGUCAUGGAUCCUUUGGGCGAGGAAACCCUUGGCUUGUGGAAUGAUGUUGCUCGUACCAACACUGAAAUCUUUAGAGCUGUCUUCCAGUGCGUUCCCGAUGAUACCGUUGUGAAUUGGGAUCAAUAUAAGCAAUUCUAUCCUGAUAGUAGCAAGAUCGAUAUUGGCCAUGUGGGUGACCCUGACAUGCCAGUUGAGAUCAUUCAAGAGCAAUUGGGCCGUGUACGUGGUCAUUUGGUGCAGUUCCCUACUGAAUUCCUCAAGGAUGAAGACUUACAAAAGGGAUCCAUCCCCUUCAUCAGCGACUUCACUGAUGAGCUCUACACUUAA